GAAUUAUGCAUCACAGCUUGGGUUGUCUCCAAUAGCUGUAUUGUUGAUCGAUCUGUUUUUUAUCUAUGUUGUGUUAUACUUCAUUUUGGCAGAAGCACACCCAGGAAAUAAUAUUAUUGGAGUUCUUCUAGGAUCUGAGAGCAAUACCCAGAAGAGACUACAUGAAGUAUGAUUUAUUCAUGGAUAUAUAUAUAUGGGUAAAGAUUCUGGCCUGCAUACCUCUAGGCAUGCCUACUGAGAGGAGCUGGAGGAAGUUCUUCGGAUUGUUAAACCACAACAUUUCUUGCCUAUUCAUGGAGAACUCCUAUUUCUCAAAGAACAUGAAUCACUUGGAAGAUCAACUGGCAUACGACACACAACUGUAAUAAAAAAUGGAGAAAUGCUUGGUGUAUCGCAUCUAAGAAACAGAAGACUUUUGUCCAAUGGGUUUGUUUCAUUAGGGAAGGAGGAUCUUCAGCUCAUGUAUAGUGAUGGUGAUAAGGCUUUUGGUACAUCCACUGAUCUCUGCAUUGAUGAGAGACUAAGAAUCGCAUCUGAUGGCAUUAUUUUUGUCAGCAUGGAGAUCUUUCGACCUCAGAAGGAACAUGGUUUAGCGUAGACUGGUUUGAAAGGAAAAUUUAAGAUUACUACAAGAUGUCUAUGGCUUGAUAAUGGAAGAUUGUUGGACGCACUCUACAAAGCAGCUCAUGUUGCAUUGUCAAGCUGUCCUGUGAAUUGUCCACUUAGUCACAUGGAGAGGAUGGUAGCUGAAAUCUUGAGGAAAAUGGUACGGAAGUAUAGUGGGAAGAGGCCUGACAUCAUUGCGGUUGCUAUGGAGAACACCACAGCAAGUUUCUCAGAACACCUCGAUGCUAAAUCAUCUGGAAAUUUUGAACCUUCCUCAGCUACUAGCCAUCUGAGCAGGAGUCCAGCUAUGAGUCUUGAAGGCAGUUAUAAAACACACCCAGACAACCUAGAGGUGGAUGCUAAAGAAACCCUUCCUGAGGCCACGAGAACAGCACCGGAUGAUGCAACCACAAGUUCCAAUGGUGAAGCAUUCUUCUCUUCAGAUUUACAUCAGCCUAAAACAUUAGAGUACUUAUGGGAGUCAUUCAAAUCUCCUACAGCUGUUAAAAUUGCACGGAUUGUCAAUGGGGGGAAGAAGCACAAUCUCGGCAAGAUUGGCAUAAUGGGUAAGGACUCAGCAAUCCAGUCAGCUCCCGCUCCAGCUAAAUCUUCAAAAAAGAACAAGUGGAAACCUGAGGAAAUCAAGAGCUUAAUACAGAUGCGUGGCGAGAUGAAUGGGAGAUUUCAGAGCGUGAAAGGAAGAAUGGUCCUGUGGGAGGAGAUUUUUGACAACAUGUUGAAGCAAGGAAUAAGUCGUACUCUGGCACAGUGCAAAUCGCUUUGGACAUCGUUAGUUUAGAAAUACGAUGUUAGGGACAAAUUCUGUUUCUUCCGAGUUCUAAAAACCCACCACCGGAAAGCAAGUACAGAAGAAUGUUUUGCUCCAUCUGUAGAACGAAGCAAGAUAGCUUCAGAUUGCGGUUGCAAUGUCUGACAGCGGUAAUUUCUCUGUCGUUGGCAGGAAAGCAAGAAGGACGUGGAGAGCAUGAAGACGUGGCCAUAUUUCUCGGCCAUGGAUAGGAUCCUAUCGCAGCAAGGGGAAAGCUGGGAAUGCUUUCAAACUGCAGAUGAACAGGAUAUGAAGGCAGCCUUGUUCCAAAAGCAGUCUUUUGGUGAUGUACAUGGAGCUUUUGCAUAGAGUAGUUUAUGUGGCAGUUAUUCAAUAAUUUUCAUCUGGUGGAUGUAUAGGGUUCGUAUAGCAACAUUUCCUUGUAGAAAGUUGAAGUUGUAUAUCGAGGGUGGAUUUACCUGUGUUUAUCUUUUCGGCCCCAAGCCUCUGGAAGCUGUGAACCAUAGCCUCAUAAAAUAUGCCUGUUGUUGAUU